UAUAUUUUCUAACCUGUCAGUGCAGCACAGCGGAUUGAGUCUACUCGGUACAUUUUCAUAAAAUAUAUUUCGUUUAAAGAACCAUUCAAAGAACAAUAUUCAACUUAUUUUUAAUUUGUCAGUGUACAAAUCCAUUUUAGUAGUUUUCUAUAAAGAUUUUUAUAUCCACAAUGUCUAGUAAUUUUUUGUUAAAUACUGUAAAAAUUGUUAAAAAUCAAGUCAGGACCUACUAUCAUUACAGUACACCAAAACACUGGGCAAAAGAUGGUGUUAAAUAUGGUUUGAUAACAUAUUACCCAAGACAUCCUGAUCAUAAAGAUCCAGAAUUCAAACCAUCCAAAUUAUUUUUAGUUGAACGUGUUAAACCUACCAGAGGUAAUCCAUAUUGGCAUAAAAAAGUAUUGAAACAAUUAAGUAUUGAUCAAGAUUACAGAAUGCGAGAAAAGCCUACAGUGAUUGUAAAAAAUACUCCAGAAAUUUGUGCAUUGUUAUGGGAAAUAAAACAUCUUAUUAAAGUUACUCCCAUAGACAUGCCAAAUAAUUUACCGGAUGAUAUUGACUCUAUCAGUACUUACCUUCAUGAAACUGGUAAGCUGUAUGUUUUUCCAAAAAUUGAUGAAAAACGAUACAAAGAAACUGAAAAACACCAAAAUAAUCCAAAAAGGAUGGAUAACGAUACUAUAAGCAAACAUCUAAGGCUAAAAUGGCUUAAUGGAGGCGAUAUAAAUAUAUAAUUGUUUUAAAAUUAUGUUAAGUAUAAAUAAUGAUACAUGGGAUUUCUGAACCCUUUAAGGAUUAAAUAAAAUAUAAAUAUUUAAAAUAAUAAGAUACUAAGUGAUUAUUUAACAUGGUUGAUAAA